AACGUUGGUUUUUGUGCUUUAUUUUUCAGCCAUUCACCAAGCAACACAGCUAUGGAUGAGAGUGUGCUUAACUUCAAUGUGGGCGUGCUGGGCCACAUAGACUGUGGCAAGACAUCUCUGGCACGCGCACUCAGCUCAGUGGCCAGCACGGCCAGCUUCGACAAGAACCCACAAUCACAGGAGCGAGGCAUCACCAUCGACCUAGGCUUCAGCAGCUUUAGCGUGCCGGCGCCCGCACACCUGCAGGCAGAGGCGCCGCGCCUGAGCACCGUGCAGUUCACGCUGGUCGACUGUCCUGGUCACGCCUCGCUGAUCCGCACCAUUAUCGGAGGCGCGCAGAUCAUCAACAUGAUGAUGCUGGUGGUGGACGUGACGAAGGGCAUGCAGACGCAGACGGCCGAGUGCCUGGUGAUCGGCGGCGUGCUCUGCAGCAGGCUCGUCGUCGUGCUCAACAAGAUCGACCUGCUGCCGGAGGCCAAGCGCGCCGCCCAGGUCGAGAAGAUGACCCGCCGCCUCCACGCCACCCUGCAGAACACGCGCUUCCGCGACGCGCCGGUGGUGGCGCUAGCGGCGCGACCGGGCGGCGCAGAGGGCGCUGGCGAGGCCACAGGCGUGUCGGAGCUGGUAGAGGAGCUGCGCCGCCAGGUGUACCUGCCGGCGCGCGCCGUCGCCGAGCCGCUGGUGUUCUCGGUGGACCACUGUUUCAGUAUCCGCGGCCAGGGCACCGUUCUGACCGGCACCGUGCUGCAGGGCUCCAUCAGCGUGAACCAGACGGUGGAGAUUCCGGCGCUGAAGGUGACCAAGAAGGUCAAGUCGCUGCAGAUGUUCCGCCGGCCGGUGGAGCGGGCUGUCCAGGGCGACCGGCUCGGCGUGUGCGUCACACAGUUCGAUCCCAAGACGCUGGAGCGGGGCCUGGUGUGCGAGGUCGGCUACCUGUCCACUGUGCCGGCCUGCAUCGUCAGCCUACACCGGAUCAGCUACUACCGGGGCGAGAUCCGCAGCAAGAGUCGACUGCACGUGACGCUGGGCCACGACACGGUGAUGGCGCGCCUGACGCUGUUCACCACGCCGGGCCGGGAGGCGGCGCCGGACGCCGAGCCGGGGCCGGGGCCGGAGCCGGAGCCGGAGCCGGAGCCGGAGCCGGAGCCGCCCGGCUGGGACCCGCAGGCCGAGUACGUCUACCUGGAGAGCCUGGAGCGCGGCGCGGCGCUGGCGCUGCUCGAGCUCGAGCGGCCGGUCACGGUGCCGCCGGGCGCGGCGCUUAUCGGCUCGCGGCUCGACAUGGACGCCAACUCGCCGGCGUGUCGGCUGGCCUUCCACGGCCGCCUGCUGGCGCCGCUGGAGCGCGACUACGCCACCGCCUUCCUGCCCGCGCUCAGGGUGUUCAAACGCAAGGGCAAGGCCGGCGUGGUCGAUCGGCUGCACAGCGACACGGAGGUGAUCGUCAAGGACCUGCUGAAAAAGGAGAGCAACGUGGCGCUGUUCAGCGGCCUGCGCGUGCGCCUCGCCACCGGAGAGGCAGGCGUCAUCGACGGCCCCUUCGGCCAGAGCGGCAAGGUCAAGGUGCGGCUGACCGACGCCCUGGCGGAGGAGACCCGGGCUCGACUGAGCACCGGCGCGCGCAAGAAGGGGAAGGCGGCCGCCGAGGCGCCCGCAGCGCCGCCGCCCGCGCCCGUCGCCGUCCAGCUGGACUUCAAGCGGUACAUCUUCGACCCCAAGAAGCGGAUGAUACAGAACUGACGGCGACCGGAGGCGAGUCGCGGCGCUGUGUUCAUUCUCUGUGCAGGUCGGCUGUGCGCACUUUGGUCCUCAUCCGUGUGUAUGUGUGUGUGAUGCUGUGCUGUGGGCACUUUGUACCGAUCAUCAGUGUGGGCACGCUAGCGUUUGACCAUUAACUUGACCGCCAUAUAGUGCCGUCGUACCGCGUUAUGUGAUCGAUAGAGGUGGUUUUACCUCAGCUGGGGGCUGAUUCUAGUGCCUCGGCCACUGCCGGGGUAACGGGCAGGGGCUGUCUGCCAACGGCGACGUAUCCAGUGAACACACUGUCACCCGACGGCGCCAUUGUUUUUGUUGGAGGCGCCUGUGAAGUCGAGUGUUGACGCACAUGUCCUAUCACGCAAUAUAUCGUGUAUCUUGUGCAUAUAUUUAACCGGGUCCAUUAUGAAUUACGCCGAGCUGCCACGGUUUACCGUGCGGCCUCCGCUGGAUAAGGACGGCUGCUCAGACAGGCGUCCGUCGACCCGCGCAGAGAUGUCGGCUCGCGCCCGGCUCAGACUCCGCUCCGGUCCCCGGCUGGGAGAUGCGCCCCCGGCCGCACGGGGCGGCACGCAAGGCCGCGAUAGGCGCCCUAUCGUGUGCCGGAUCUGCGGCACUAUCUGCGCCGGCGGCCCUAUCGCGGCGAUAGGCGCCCCGCUCGGCCGCCGCCCGCCGGCUGCCUGCACUGUCGCCGAGCCGAGCCGCCAUGGCAGCGGUGUGUGGUGUGCGCGCGCUCCCGGCGCUACUGGUCCUGCUCGGCUGCGCCCUGGGCUGCGGCGGCUCACCGCUACUCGAACUCGGCGAUGGUGCCGACAUACCGACCGUGCCGACGCCGACGGAGUCGACCGUGAUCGACGUCCAGGAGCAGAUCUACAUCAUCACCGGCGUGUUCGUCACCUUCAUCGUCUUCCUGCUGGUCGUCAGCCUCGUCACCGCCUAUGUCGUCGUCGGUAUGAAUCAGACGAUCAAGACGCUGCAGGCGGCCGGCGCCGGCCUGACCGCUCAGUCGCAGAAGCGGGCCACCCGGCGCAAUCCCGUGGCCUCAGCGGCGCCACCGCAGCAGCGCGACAACAGGGCGUUCGCUCCGGACGACGACGAGGACGAGCGUUGGGGAGGGGACGAGCUGCAGAACCGCGGCUUUGACCAGUACCCCGACCAGGGCAGGAGCGAGCCGCCGCGGGCCGGUCGCCAGCUCUCCUCACCGACACACAUCUCUGAACCGCACGGCUUCGACCGGUUCCACCAGCCGCUGCCGGACGCGCACAUGCCGUCCGACCGCGCCCGCCGAGACAGCAACUCCAGGUACGGAGCCGGUAACCUGGCGCGCCUGCCCAAGGGCCCGGCGCCGCAGCCGGGCGGCUACGACGGCCGCUAUCCGGACGGCCGAGACCGCCGGUCGCGCUCGCCCGGCCGCGGCCAGUGGUGAGGGAGGCGCCGACAGACGAGCUGCACGGAGACAGGACUGACGCGGUCCGCAGGAUAGGACUGACACGGUCCUCAGGAUAGGACACGGCGGGCAGCUACAGGGACUGUCUACGGCCGACAGAGGGCACAGAGGGCCGUAUUGCGGCAGACGCUGAACUCAGGCUCCGUGAGAAGAACCAGUGGAGUCGUGACGGCCGCCGGUGUUCGGGCCGACAGCGAACACGGCCGAGAGAGUGGCUACCAUGUGGGAAUGAGUAGCUUGAAUGUGGGAAUGAACAGCUUGAACGGAACGGUGUGGAGCUGAACAAAAUGUGAUAUCACCCUACAGAUAUGCGGUGGAAUGAUUAUUACUCGUCUCAAGUACAGUUCAUGCUACACGCGUAGUACAGCUGAUUUGAUAACUCAAUGUUAAAAAUAAAUAGUCAUGAGAGCACGUUGUCCUCCGAAGAUACAUUUGUGUGUUUUUGUGAAUAACUUACCGAUGAUACCUUAGAAAACGCUAUUUGUGAAAUCAAACGUAAUGUUAUCUCCGCAAAACGUUAAAUAUUAUCCUAUACACAUAAUACUAUCAGCACUCGUGUUUGCGAAGUGGAUGAGUGACAAGUGUGCUAAUAUUUAAGGUGUAUGAGCCGAUAUUCCAUUUCCCGAAUAAAGCCAUAAAGCGUCA